AAACGGAACAACAUGACGUAAAGCAGCACAGCAACUCUAGUGGAGCAGAGCAGGAGGAGUAGAUCAUGGAGCGCCUGUACCAAAGCCUCAUCCUUCACACAUGGACCCGGCCGCUCUCAGCUCCCCGGACUUUACCUCCCAGCCAGGCAAACGGUAUCACCUGUAACCCUGUUGAUGUAGAGAUUGAGCCUAACUGUGAUGUCUACAUUCCCAUACCUGGAAUUGGGUUGGCUUGCAACAGGAUGCUUAAACCAGUAUGCGGUACAAAUGGACGUACCUAUUCCAAUGAAUGUGAGCUAUGUUCACACAAAAUGAAGAUGAAUACAAACCAAGAUAACAUCAAGAUUAAGUACAGGAAAAGUUGCACUGAUAAGGAUAAAAAGCCCCAGGAUGAAUGCCAAACAUAUGAAAAUAUUUGUACUUCACAAUAUCAACCAGUCUGUGGAUCUGAUGGUGUUACCUAUUCCAACAAAUGUAUGUUUUGCAGUGCUAAAAAAAGGAUUGCCGGCCUAGUGCUUGUAUCUGAGAGUAAAUGCCACAUAAAGCCCCAGGAUGAAUGCCAAACAUAUGGAGAUGUUUGUACAUUGGACUAUAGACCAGUCUGUGGAUCUGAUGGUGCUACCUAUCCCAACAAGUGCGGUUUUUGCAGUGCUAAGAAACAAAAUGCUGGCCUACUGUUUAUAUCUGAGGGUGUAUGUGAAGAAAAGGAUGAAUGCCAUGGAGUUGGAGGAGCUUGCAAUAGAAUUUAUAAACCAGUCUGCGGAUCUGAUGCUGUUACCUAUUCCAACAAAUGUGUUUUUUGCAAUGCUAAGAAAAGGAAUGCUAACCUACUGGUUGUAUUUGAUGGGGAAUGCGAACUGAAGGAAAGCCAGGCUGAUGUUAAUGUCAGAUAAAGAUUGUUAAACAACAAACAAACAUUAAUUCAUGAAGCAUAUUUGCAUUUAUCAUCAUUGUAUGACAAAAAAAACUGCAAUAAAUCGAAAGGCUUAACCUUGUG